AUGGGUAGCAGUUAUUUUGGAGAACCAAACAUGGGAAAUGAAAGAGCAAGUGGGUCUUCUUCUUCUUCAAGAAAAGGAAAGAAGAACAAUCAAGACAAGCCAAAACAACCACAAAGAGGACUUGGUGUUGCUCAAUUGGAGAAAAUAAGAUUACAUGGUCAAAUGGGUUGUGGCUAUCACCCUCCUCUGCACGGUCCUUACCCAUCUAACUUCAACAAUGAAGAUCCAAGGGUGCAAACACCCUAUUCAUCAGUACCAUCAUCAUCUUUUUCUUACUCAUCGUCAUCUACAUCAUACUCACCUUCAUAUGGCUUCCAACCCAACAUUGUGAUGUCCCUACCCGAAUAUGAAACAACAAACAUUAGAUAUGGAGAUUCUCAUCAGUCAACUAAUAGUGCAAGAUGGGAACAUGGCAAUGCCACCACUCAAUCCAACAUAACUAGACCUUUACUCAACCUAUAUGACUCACAUCACGUAGAUACCAAGAAGCAUAGAAGUGGUUCCGCGGGCUCAAGCAGUCAGAACUCUGAAUCAAGUGACACUCAAGAACCAGAUUUGGAACUAAGAUUAUCACUUUGA